ACAACUUAGUGGGAUGCUCUGAGCCCUAAAUCCCAUGGGAUUGCCCGCGGAGGGAAUGGCAAACCUCACACCUCAGCCAGGCUCAACGGGGUGAUGCCCCUGACCUCGAGCGUCUCCCCAGGAUGGGGAAAACAUGGAAACUUGGGGGGGAGAAAUUGCAAAUCUGAGUGUUUUUUCCCCAAAUAAAUGCCAGAUCAAGGCCGCCGGGGAGGCGAAAGCCACCAGGACACAGGGCUCUAUUGAGAAAGGAAAGAACAAAAAAAAAAAAGGAAAAAAAAACCAACCCAAGAGACAUGAGCGGGGCCGAGCGCCAAGCCGGGAGCGCCGAGGGACGUGCCCGGAGUGGGGAAGCGGAGCGAUUCGGGGGGCGAACCUGCCCGAAAUGUGGGGAGCACCUGCCGCCCUGCGGGGCCACCCCGCUCCCCCCUGCUUGCUGCCGGUGACCUGGCUCCUGGCGCUGCACGCAGGUCUGCUGGCGGGGGUGAACAUCACCAGCCCCACGCCGCUGGUCCGUGGCACGGCGGGCAAAGCGGCGCUGCUGUCGGUGCGCUACGCUAGCGCCAGCGCCGACAAGCCGGUGGUCAAGUGGCAGCUGAAGCGUGACAAACCCGUCACCGUCGUCCAGUCCAUCGGCACCGAGAUCAUCGGCAACCUACGGCCCGAUUACCGUGACCGCAUCCGAGUGCUGGAGAACGGCUCGUUGCUCAUCAGCCCCUUGCAGUUGACUGACGAGGGCGCUUACGAGGUGGAGGUGUCCAUCACCGACGACACCUUCACCGGCGAGAAGACCAUCAACCUCACCGUGGACAUCCCCAUCUCAAAGCCGCAAGUGCUGGUGGCUUCCUCGACGGUGCUGGAGCUCAGCGAGUUCUUCACCCUCAACUGCUCACAUGAGAAUGGCACCAAGCCCACCUACACCUGGCUGAAGGAUGGGCGGCCGCUGAGCAACGACUCCCGCCUGCUCCUCUCCCCUGACCAGAAGAUCCUCACCAUCACCCGUGUCCUCAUGGCUGACGAUGACAUCUACAGCUGCCUGGUGGAGAACCCCAUUAGCCACGGCCGUAGCAUCCCUGUGAAGAUCACUGUCUAUCGCCGGAGUUCCCUCUACAUCAUCCUCUCCACGGGCGGCAUCUUUCUCCUCGUCACCCUGGUGACUGUUUGUGCCUGCUGGAAACCCUCCAAGAAGGAGAAGCGGCAGACAGAAACACAACCUGCCUCCGACUACGCCGAGCAGGACGAGGAGCGCCUGAAGCACGAGGCCGAGGGCAUCCCGCGGAGCGGCGAGCACGAGCGCAAAAACCCGGUGGCCUUGUACAUCCUCAAGGACAAGGACUCGCCGGAGGCGGAGGAAGAUUCGCCGCCCGAACCCCGCGGCACGGUCGAACCAGGUUACGGCAGCUCGCCGGCGCCGGCAGCUGGUCGCUCGCCGGGACCAGUGGGGCGUUCGACUCGUCGUUACCAUCGCUCGCCGGCUCGCUCGCCCGCCUCGACGCGGACGCACAGGUCGCCACCGGGUUCACCGGCGCGUUCCCGUGGCGCCCCACGGCUGCUGCGGACUGCCGGCGUCCACGUCAUCCGGGAGCAGGAGGAGGCCAACGCCGUGGAGAUCAGCGCCUGAGCAGGGGGGACACGUGCGCGCUUCGGCGGCGGCAAGCGAGCGGGGACACUGGCGUGGCCCCGCUCCCACCACCGGGCAUCGUUCGGCUGGGCGUAAAGUCACUAAUUUGCUAUUGAUCCCACCCGGAGCUCCCCUCUUCCGUCCCCCGCCUUCCCGGGGCGUCGCUUGAAUGGCUUUCUCGGCGGGAUGAGCGUGCAGGGAGCGUGCAGAAAGCGCACGCGCUUUCUGGGAGCGUGCAGGAGAGAGCGUGCAAGAGGGCAUGUGCGGAGCGUGCAGGGAGAGCGUGCUCGGAGCGUGCAAGAGGGCGUGCACAGAGCAUGCAGUGCACAGGGAAAGCACGCUCGGAGCGUGCAAGAGGGCGUGCACAGAGCAUGCAGUGCACAGGGAAAGCACGCACGGAGCGUGCAAGAGGGCGUGCACAGAGCAUGCAGUGCACAGGGAAAGCACGCACGGAGCGUGCAAGAGGGCUUGCGUGGAGCACGCACAGAGGGCGCGGAGGUAACACUCAAGGGGUGAGCGGAGAGGGUGUUCCCAGAGCAUGCCUGAAGCAUGCAGAGAGCGUGCACGAAGGGUGCCAGACAGCACAAGGGUGUGCAGAGAGAGUGUGCACAGAGAAUGCAGGAGAGAGCACGUGGAGCACAUGGAGACGGCGUGGAUUGUGUGGAGGGCAGGCACGUGGGGAACGUGGAGGAAGUGUGCAUGCAGUGUGCAGAGAGCACGUGUGGCGUUUGCAGGAGAGUGCAGUACUGGGAGUGCUGUCCGAGGAUGCACAGAGUGUGCAAGGAGCACGAGCGUGCGGAGUCUGCGCAGAGCAUGCACAGAGCACGUGGAGAUUGCGUGCAUGCAGCAGUUGCAGACACCGCGUGCAGAGCACGCAGGGACACCACGCGUGGAGUGUCAGAAGAGAGCGUGCAUGGAGCUGGCAGGAGGGCACGCGCAGAGCGUGCACAGAAAGCAUGCGUGCAGCAUUUGUACGGGGCACGCAUGGAGCACGCAGAAAGCGUGCAAAGAGCAUGAGAGAGCGUGCAGAGAGCAUGACAGAGCACGCGUGCAGUGCUUGCACGGAGCGUGCGGGAGGAGCGCGCUUGGAACACGCGCAAAGAGCAUGCACAGAGCCUGCAGGGCCGUGCAGGGAGCACGCUCCAGGCACGCCGAGCCAGCACACCCGCAGCCGGUGUGUGCGCGUGCAAGGGCACCGUGCCCACCCACCGCCGCACGCAGAGCCGCGCACGCAGGCACCUGGCGCUGUAUGGAGCGGAGGGCACGCUAACAUGCAAGCUCGCCCAAGCGAGCGCAGGAGGCCUAAACGGGGGGUGGGGAGGGUGCUCCCUUCUUCCCCCCCAGCUCCCCAGCUGCACCGUCCCCUGAAGGUGGGCUCAAACCCCUGGCCCGAGUGCUGCCCCUCUGCCGCACCAGGAUUUUCUGUGAAAAUCCCCUGGUUUUGGGGCUCACAGCAUGGCCUCUCCCCAGGGCCUUCCCGGGAAAUAGGUUUAGGAUGAGAAGCCGAGGGCAGCUGGCCAAGCAAGCUGGGCUCCGGGGGCUUCUGGAGUGGGUGCCAGGGCACCCCGGGGUGCUCAGGGUGCACUACUAACCAAUAAACUAAACGUACUACCCGGCCAGCAGCGGCACCCUUGGGUGUCUUUGUGGAUCACAGUGCCCCCCUGCCUCCCCGGAGAGGGGGGGACACACGAGAGGUGGGUGGCAGCCAAGAACAGACAAGCUUGACGCACCUGGCUGGCACCCAAAUUUAAAGCUUGCAGAGCCUGGGAGCCCCUGAAGCGUUCACUCUGGCCCCUACUGAUGGUGUCUCCAGCUGAGAGCUCAUUUCUUCUUAAUUUAUCUUGGGGGUGGGGGGAAUUGCUUCUGAUUAAUUAAAUUCGUUAACCACCUGUGUCCCCAGCCCCGCUGCCUCUGGGUGCUGUGGGUGCCACCGCGAUCGAGUGCUCCCAGCGCCGUGGCUCAGCUGAGCUGUUUCUGCCCAUCCCCACCCCCACCCGUCCCUU